AUGGCAUCGCGUCAAGAUGAGCUUCAAGCGAAGAAAGCCAGGCUCGCUGAGCUCAAGCGUCAGCGCGAGCUUCGAAGUCAAGACCCUAGCACACGGAGACAAAGCAAUGGCACAACAUCUGAGGAAUUCAUAGUAUCGUCAUCAAAGUUGGGAGAACGUCGUGCUCAGGUCGAGGAACUGGUCUCGAACCUCAUCGGUUCUCACAAAGAGACAGCGGAAGUGAAUCGAAAUCGGAGAACAGCCCAAGACCCUAUAGCCUAUACUCCUUUCCAGGGCCCUGCUGAGAGUGUGAAGGUGGAAUCAAUUCAUGUACAGAGGCAGUCUGUCUCAACACAGACAUUCUCGACUGGCCCAACAUCUACCGUCUUUGAAGUUGCUCCCGACCCAAUACCACGAAAAGAAUACAUUACAUAUGACAAAGGAGUACAGUUCCCAAACCCGGAUGAACCUCAUGAACAGAAGGAACUUGAUGAUGAGGCCGAGAGUCUUGCUAGGAAGCGCCAGAGUCAAGAUGACCAAAAGCGAGAGGAAGAGCUCCGCGAACGCUUGCGUAGAGAACUCGAAAGGGAAUCGAGCGUGACGAUGCAGAAAGUACCUGACAAAGACUCUAUAGCCCAGCAAAGACCUCCGCUUCGGAAGCUGACAUCGGAUCAACUGCAUGCCAUGACAUCUACUGACGACUUCUUAUCCUUCGUUGAACGUUCAUCGAAAGUGAUAGAGCGUGCACUUGACGACAACUACGACCUUCUUGCCGACUACAGUGUUUCGAACGGUCCGGAAGACGGAAUCUCUGACGAGGAGAACCUUUCUUUUACAAGAUCGUCAAGAAAGUCGCACACUCUUAGGCAGACUCAACAGUUUGUGGAUUCAAAGCAGAGCCGCCGUCGGCAGAUAUCAGACCUGCAAUUCUCACCUCAUUUUCCAGAACUCCUUCUCUCUUCUCAUACCAAAGAUCCGACUGCUAUCAAUGACCCUUUUGGUCUUCUUAUGCUCUGGAAUGUGCAUGCUCCUUCGCGCCCUGAAUAUACCCUUUACAGCCAAGGCGCUGACAUACUCUCAGCACGCUUCUCACCCUUUCAUCCUAACCUCAUCAUCGGUGGUUGCUACACAGGUCAGGUUUGUCUUUGGGAUACCCGUGCCAUUUCGCACUCUAGAGGUGCUCCAGUUUUGAAGACACCGCAGUCGGGAUCCCACCUUGGUCACAACCACCCGAUCUACAGCAUCAGCAUCAUUGGCACACCAAAUGCUCAUAAUAUCAUUACUGCCUCUACUGACGGUGUUGUCUGCUCAUGGAGCGUCGAUAUGCUUACCCAGCCUCAGGAGUUCCUGGAGCUGACGACUCCGCCUCCAGCGAGGACUGAGGAUCUUGCCCCAACGUGUAUGGCAUUCCCUCCUUCGGACCCAUCCUUUUUCCUUGUUGGGACAGAGGAAGGAACUAUUCACCCUUGUCAUCGAUAUGAUCGAGCAGGGGCAAAGGCAGGUGUGGAUACAAAGUUAGCCUACAAAGGGCAUACAGCGCCUGUGAUGAGUAGUCAAUUUCAUCCGGCAAAGGGGCCAGUGGACUUGUCCGACAUGCUACUUACGGCUAGCGUCGAUUGGAGCGUGAAGUUGUGGCGUAUCAUGCCUGCCACGAGCUCUUCAAGCGUGACGACAGCGGUCGGGUCUACGUCACUUGCAAGCGGCGGACCGCUGCCAAUUACGCCUGUGCUGGACAUUAGCAGGGAGGAUCUGGUGUAUGACGCGAAGUGGGCACCGCAGAAACCCUCGGUUUUCGCAUGUGUCACUGGUGCUGGAGAAUUGGAGGUUUUCGACCUCAAUAUUGACCUUGAAGUGCCGGUUGCGAAAGCGGCCCCUUUCCGGAGAAAAGGCGGAGCUUUGAUGCAUGGUCUUAACAAGUGUGCGUGGGAGGAGAAGCGGGGCGGUUUGAUCGCAACUGGUGGGCUGGCUGGUGUAGUGACUCUCUUCGAGGUGGGAAACGCGCUUAGUGGUGAAGCAAGACUUGAUGAAUGGACGGCUAUGAAAAAGGCCAUCACAAAAGCUGAAACCAGACGAUGA